CUCUCUGUGAGUACUGGUUGGUCCCGACGCCGCGGGAAGAGUCCAUAACACGAAAAGGGGUGGUCCCGAACUCUGUAAGAGUUUGUUGUCUUCCGGAACUCCUUCGAAACGAGAAGAAGAUGGCAUUGGCAGUAUGUGGGCAGUGCGAUCGCUUUUAACUCGAGACAGAAAGCAGCAGAAAGCGAGGGAGAGUCCUGAGGCUGAGAUGAACAACGACAGGACCCUUGAUAUUCGAGAGAUGACAGAAGUUCCGAGGGCAAGCGACACCGACCGGCCAGAGAAACACUUGUUGGAGCGGGAGGAGCCUCGUUAUUCAAGGCCUUAUCGCCCUGGCAUCGAUGUGAACUUGUACGCCACGAAGAAGAGUGUCGCUCAGGGAAUGAUGGAUAUCGCUCUUCUGACAGCGAAUGCAUCGCAGCUUAAGUACAUCCUCAAGGAAGGCGAAGAGAGCCGGUUUUACCUUGUCAACGUCAUUUGCAUCGGCAUCUCCAUCACACUGCAGUUGGUUGUUGGCGUGUUGUUAAUCUUGAACACUCGUUAUAACAUCAACCUGAUCAGUCAUCAAUCCCGAGCCGAACUCGUGAAUAACCUCACCAUUAUCGGCAUAUUUCUCAUCACAGUGUCAAAUGUGUUUGUUUCAGCAUUUGGGACUUCGCCAAGAUAAAUCAUUUUUGCUUUUUGUCUUUUUUAUUAUCCAGCAGUGACCUGUAUUGUUUUUGUGUUUGUAUUUUUUACGAAUAAUCUGUAUGUCUUUUUAAUACUUUUUUUAAUCUUUAAUAAACAUUUGAAAAGUUGCA